AUGCAGACUAUCCCUGCUGAGGUGUAUCUCGUUCUUGGUGAACUUGGCAACAUGCGGUCGUCAUUCUUGAUGCAUCUGGCUACACGCGAUUACUGAGCUGCAACAGUGGUUUACCAACGACCACCUGCUUUCAUUGAAGGGAAAUCUAACUUUAAGUACUCCAGAAUGGUCGCAGGAGGUGCCUGUAUUCUGUCAUGUCCCAGCAUACUGUUUGCGUUAUCAAAGCUGGAAAAUAUCAAGAUGGGAGCUAUUGUACAUUAG